AUGGGUUCGCUUGGUAGCUUUCUCUUUAUUUACGCCCUCGGUGGAAUCACCUUCAUUCCACUCAUUUUGUCCUUAAUCCUCCUCUACGCCUAUCUCACACUUCCAACCGUCUCGAAAGCGCAGCAAUCAUGCGCGAAAGCGACCGAUCCCGUCCACCAGCCUGCCGAUGACGACUAUAGUCUCAAAUCCGGCACCGACCAGCUCGCCGAGAAAUUCCACCGCACGCAUGAGUCCGAUGUCGCUGCCGGGUAUUUUGCCGUUUGUCGUGAAUAUGUUCCUGGGGGCGUGAAUGGGAAACCGCCGGAAAGGACGACGCCCGCGGGCGAGGUCGUUGCGACUGAAAGUCCCAGCGUCUAUCAGGCUAUGUACCGGAGUUUGUUCGAUCGUAAACAAACACCUAGUAUUGAGCCCGCGAAGUCGAAUGGAAAGACCACUAAGCGGGCACGGAAUGUCUUUUACAUUGUUCUGCGACAUGGCCAUUUGAUGCUGUAUGAUGAUGCCAAUCAGGUUGAAGUUCGUUAUGUCAUCUCUCUCGCUCACCAUGACGUCUCAAUAUAUGGCGGAGAAGGGGAUAUCCCAGAAGGAGAGCUGUGGCUCAAGAGAAAUGCCAUCUGUCUCUCCCGGCGACUGGAUUCGCUUGGUGACCUGGGAGGGCCGACCCCGCCAUUUUAUCUUUUCUCUGAGAAUCUGUCGGAGAAGGAGGACUUUUAUAUCGUCAUGUUGCGGAACCAGAACCGGCUAUGGGACUCCGCUGAUCGCCCGCCGAAACACCAAGAGUUCGAUGUCAAACAUAUUGUUACACUGGUACAAAGGCUGCAUUCCUCCGAAGAGCAAUUACAGACACGCUGGAUCAAUGCAUUCCUUGGCAGGUUGUUCCUUGCGCUAUACCGGACGCCUCAAUUGGAGGAGUUUGUGCGCAGCAAGAUCGUAAAGAAGAUCUCCCGUGUUAACAAACCCAACUUUAUCAGCAAGGUGGGCUUACAGCGAAUCGAUAUGGGGGAAGGGGCGCCGUUCAUCACCAAUCCAAGAUUGAAAGAUCUGACUGUUGAUGGGAACUGCUGCAUAGAGGCAGACCUCCAGUACACUGGAAAUUUCCGACUCGAAAUUUCAGCCACCGUGCGCAUCGACUUGGGUCCUCGUUUCAAGGCAAGGGAAGUCGACAUUGUUCUUGCAGUCGUUUUAAAGAAGCUAGAAGGCCACUUGUUGGUACGCUUCAAACCUCCACCCAGUAAUCGAAUCUGGAUGUCAUUCGAGACCAUGCCCAAGAUGGAGAUGGACAUUGAGCCUAUUGUCAGCUCCAAACAAAUCACAUACAGUCUCAUUCUACGCACGAUUGAAAGCAAGAUCCGCGAGGUGGUGGCAGAGAGUAUUGUCUUACCUUUCUGGGAUGAUGUACCCUUCCACGAUACUUUAGGUCAAGCUUUCCGUGGUGGUCUCUGGCAGCGGGAUGAUCCAGACUCGAAUGACCAGGUAGAUAUACCCGAUGAAUCUGGUGAAUCCCCGGCCACCCCCAAGAGUGUCGGUAGCGAUCCUAUUGAGGUCCUCAAGUCCAAGGAUGAUCGUACAAUGAGUAUGCCUGUCCUUUCCGAGUCCAUAAAGACCAAGAAAAAAUCACGCAAUGGCCCCAAGUCGUCUCAGCCAGACCUGCGGACAAACAGCUCAAGUGCAAUUUCCACUAGCAUUGAGAGAUCAGAAAACACACCCUUACCCCGAGCAAUCCGGUCGCAGACUUUCUCUAAUGCUGCAGACCCUGUGGUCACAGCAGACAAUGCCAAAGUUGACAAAGUCGUCACUGAGAAUCAAGGAGAUGAGAAGAGCCAUGCAACCAGCGCUAUGAUCGAGAUAUCAAGCCGCUCCCCGCCCACAUCACCCAACCGAACCCCGGGAAGCUCCCCACCUACCGGGGGCAUCACAGUGCCAGAAAGUGCAGUCCAUAGCCGCGAGUCAUCGAUCGCAGAGUCUAUUGACAGCUUCAACUUCCGAAAUGACAGUGGCCUGCAAAGACCUUCUGCCACUCGAAUGGAGAGUAACUCUUUCUCUAGUAUGAGAAGCUCCCGAGAUAGCUCUACUACGUCACUCACCAGCGACAAGGCUCGCCGACGUAGCACGAUCGAAACCAUCACCAAGUCCUUUGCACGCACAUCAUCUGAUGACAAGCCUAAUGGGUCCAUGACAAUUGGGUCAGCCACUGCUGCCGCAAAGAAAUGGAGUUGGAGUGUGUUCGGCAAAGGCGACCCGAACAUGGGCCAAGAAUCCUCUCCGGCUUCUACAAAUACACUUGACCAACCCAUUGGGCGUGGACAUCCUCACCCACCAGCUGGGUCUCCAUUACCUCGACCCGACAAGUAUGCCUUGAAGAGAAACCCUACCAACUUGCCCAAGCGGAAACCUGUGGGGACAAAUUCGGAGUUUGAGCGCCCAAAAACGGGAGACUCACAAGCACCACCAUCACCCCUACAUCACAGAAAGCCAAUGCGUCCUGGGCUGCAUACCAAUGAAAGCACCGAUGAGCUGCUUGUUGUGGAGGCAAUCCAAGACUCUGAACCCAACAGCCCGGCCCCUGGUGAUUUGGACUCGGAUCUGAGUCUAAAGAAAACCACUCCUGUUGACAGCGAGACUUCCUCAAGGACUGGAAAUUCUUCAUUCAACCACGAGACAGAGGAGGCUUCUGACGACGCCCCUGAUGCGGAAUUCCCAGGCUCUGUUGAUCAGACGCCUUCAACUCUUGCCAGCACCGAGGCCCUGCGAUCUGAAAGACUGGAAGUGCCUGCAUCAUGA